CUGAUAACAAUUGGCAACAGUUGCUUAAAAAAUCGUCUGUUUACACAUGUGACGAUUUAAAUGCAAAUAACAAAAAUCUUUAACGGAAAUUCUCCCGAACAAUUUUUUAAUUAUGUCCUCAACACUGCAAACGAAAGAAGCAUUUCGACAACGGGUCUGGUCAUAUAUGGAAGAAAAGAAUAUUGCUUUAUUUCCUAGACCGGUCUAUAAUCGCAUACCAAAUUUUCAGGGUGCUUAUGAAGCAUGUAACAAAGUAAAGCAACUAAGAGAAUUUCAAGCUUCAAACACAAUUAAGGUAAAUCCAGAUUCUCCACAACAGCACAUCCGCUUUUUGAUUCUAGAGGCUAAUAAGACACUACUAGUACCAACUCCUCGUUUAAUAAAAGGACUUUUCAACAAAAUAACACCUCCUCCAAAUUCAAGUAAACAUAUUUUACGUAUGUGUUCUACAUCAGAAGGUUUAAAGCAUCACAGUGUCAAAAUUGGAUUAAAUAGUAAGAUCAAGGUUGAUUUAGUUAUAAUUGGAUCAGUCGCAGUGUCAAUUAAAGGUCACCGGAUUGGUAAAGGUGAAGGCUAUGCAGAUAUGGAAUUCGCCAUGAUGGCUACAAUGGGAGCUGUUAAUUCAAACACAACAGUUAUUACCACUGUGCAUGAUUGUCAAGUUUUUGAAUCAUUACCUGAUGAAUUAUUUGGAGAGCAUGAUGUACCAGUCGAUAUUAUUGUCACACCAACAAAAGUUAUUUAUUGUGAGCCACGUUUACCAAAACCUAGUCAUAUUAUUUGGUCUCUUUUAACUGAAGAAAAAAUUAAUAAGAUACCUAUAUUAAAAAUAUUAAGAGAAAUGGAAGAAAAGCAGAAAACAGAAUCAUAGUCAGCAUAAGUGUAUAAUCUAUCAUUCAACUUUGUACCUUUUCAUGUUUUAAAAAUAACUAAUAAUUAUACAUAAUUUAUAUUGAAAAAUAUAUUUUAUCUAUUUUGAAACAACAGCGCAGAUAAAAAGACAAUAUAAUAUGGCUAUCCAAAAAUGAAAUAAUGUAUAUAAAUGAAUAAAAAUAAAAUGGCAUUUUCCUUUAAAAUAAUGUACUGUUGAGAUGUAUUUUGUAUGAUUACAAAAACGUAUACUUUUGCUGCAUAUGAAAUGAAAUAAAUGAUUCCCCUUCCCUGUAAAUUUGACAUAUAAAUUAUGAAUGCAGAGUUUUAAUAAUUAUAGGACUAUUUAAAAAAAUCAAACCAAUAAAUGAUUACAAGUUUUAUUAUGUUGAAAUAUCGUUAAACUUCUCAAAUUACAGUUAUCAAACUUUUUUCCCCUCCACAUUUUACAAAUGUGUCCACCUUUGCUAAUAUGAUACACAUAUAUAUGCAAUAAUCUACUCCUUCUCACACAUGUCACCAUAUUAUGGGCAACCAACUGCAAUUUAUAAGGUUAACACUCAGAGUUGUAGCUAGGGUUUUCAGCGCCCAGGGACAACUGAAGAUUUCGUGUCCCCUACUGCUUGCCAAGGAUGGAAAACAUUUAGUUCUAAAAUGUCGUAACAUCAGUUUGGCACCCCUUGGAUUCUGCGCCCGGGGACAGAUGCCCCACCUUGCCCCCCUCUAGCUACGCCCCUGUUAACACUUUAGUUUUCUGUGGAGAAUUCAUCUUAUUGCUGAUUGCAAAAUGCUAAGCUCUAAACUGGCACCUGUAAUAGAAUUGUGGAGGCUGCACUCAUGAGUCCUUUUGUAAUCUAAAAUUAUUUUCCUGAAUCUUCUGAUAGUGCCAUAGACUUCUGCUCAGAUUCAAAAUGGGUAAGGUUUUGCAUUAUAUGAACACACAAAAUGACGACAUAUUUUUCGAAUGAGAUACAACUGUCUCUUUGUAAGCAAACUUUAAAAAAAAAUUUUGGUUUCUUUAAUUGGCAUAAAAACUAUCAAUUCAGUGUGUAAUUUUGAUAUAAAUUUUAAAACUAUUCUAUGGAAUUAUAAAAAACAUUGUAUAGUUAUGACAUGAGCACAUCAGUAUACUGAAUUAAAAUUACUAUAGGCAAAUAAACAUCUGUAUUUUAUAUUGAAUUGAAUAAAAUUUGUAAAUUGUAUUUAUAUUUUUUUAUAUAUAAACACAAAAGCUUGUUCAUUGCAUUAAAGUCUUUAAAACACAUUUUUAAGAUUAUUUUAAGAUUUGAAUGAUACACACAACCACCAAAAUAAAAGUUUAACUGAAAUAAUUAUUAAAAUGAAUUUAGUUUGUUGCAUAAGCAUAAAACCACUCUUGUGAAAACGGUAUUAAAAAAAAAAAAAAAAAAAAAAAAAAAAAAAAAAAACGAUAAAAUUUCUAACUUUGGUGAGAUUCUCUCAGGCAAAUCCAAAGCAAGAUAUUUUAGACUUUGGCCAAAAUAUGUAAUAUAUGUACAAUAAAAUUUUGAUUUGUAAUGUC